AUGUCGAAACUCUUGUCGUUGUCGUUGUUGUUGUUGCUGGUGAUUGCUCUGAGUGCUAGCUGCGUGACAGCUAAGCCCGACCAAGUGGCCGUCGCUGCGCCUGUUGCUGCUGCUCCAGUUGUUGCUGCUGCCCCGGUUAUUGCUGCCGCCCCAUACGCUGCCGCAGCCGCAGCCGCACCGCCCUAUGCCGCAUAUUCAGCACCCUACGCGGCAUACACUUCAGCGUACGCUGCACCCUACUCAGCAGCAUACACUGCCGCCGUCGUCCCCGCCGCCUACACGAACGCUCCAUUGAACUCUGCGGUCGCCAGCCAACGUGUGGAUAUACAAAGCAAUUACUACGCAACACCACUGAUAGCUGCUGCGGCACCUGCCAAGUUGGUCGCACCACCUGCUCCCAUUGCUGCUGCAGCUCCGGCUCCUGCUCGUUUUGUUGCGCCAGCCGCCGCCUACCCUGCCGCCGUGUCAGCGGCUUACACAGCUCCUUAUGCGCCCGUUGCCGCACCCGGUGUGCCUGCCGCUUAUACGGCUCCCUACAUCGCUCCAUCCGUCGCUGCCGUAGCUCCAGCUAACUAUGUUGCUCCUGCGGCUGCGGCUGUGGCUCCAGCUCCAGUUCCAGCUCGGUAUGUAGCCCCCGCCGCUCCGGUAAUAGGUGCCCCAGUUGCUGCUGGCCCAGCUAAGCUGGUUGCACCAAGUGUUGUUGUCUGAGUCGAUCCACUCGUAUGUGCGUUGCUAUUAAACCGAUAAAUUCAUACAUAUCUGACGACGAAUACGUGAAUUCUCUUCUCUAGCUCUAAGUUGACACCUGUUAACCUAACCCAUCAUUGUUUUUAUUGUGUUUGCUUUUGUUUUUAUGCGGGAGUAUUCAUUAUUAAUAUUGCAAGUACCUGAAUAAAAGGAAGAAAUGUGCUCUUAAA